AUGAAGAACACUAAGUCGAUUAAAGAAUACUUUGCUAGGGUGACGGCCAUGACAAACAAAAUAAAAAGUAAUGGGGAGGUUACUCCAGACUCCAAGGUUGUUGAAAAAAUAUUGAGAACUCUUACCGAAAGGUUCACGUAUGUAGUAAUAUCGAUUGAAGAAGUCCGAGACACAACUACAAUGAGUAUUGAUGAGCUGCAAAGCUCAUUGGCUGUACAUGAACAAAAAUUCAAGAAAAUGAAUGUGGAAGAAGAUCAUGCUUUGAGGGUUGAACAAACUAAAUAUGGUAGAGGAGGAGGUCGUAUGGGGUCAAGAGGAAGAGGUCGAGGUAGAGGAAGAAGUUUGGAUAAAGCCACUAUUGAAUGCUAUAAAUGUCACAAAUUAGGGCACUUUCGUUUUGAAUGUCCAAGUUGGGACAAGGCAAACUAUGCAGAGGCACAGAAGAGGAAGAAGAAAUGUUGUUGA